UCAUCAUCAUCAUAGCAAUAUCAUCUUUAUAUGAUAAAAUGAUAUAUUGAGUUUCAUUCGUUUAUUUGCUACGAAAAAAAACGGAUACCAUUAAUAAUAAUAAUAAAAUAUAAAUGAUGAUUAACAUAUGGCCAACAUUUUUCUAAUUAAUUUCGUAUGAAUAAAAUCAUUAGAACAAAAUUUUCGCUAAUUAAAGGUGCACAAUUUUCAAUAUCGAAAAAUGUUCUAGUCAAUCAAACAGCCUAGAUACAAUUAUAACUACCACCAAAUAAUUUCAAUCAUUUAUUGUAUAAAUCCAAUGAAAAUAGUGUGAAUUAUAUAAGAAUGGCUGAAAUAUUGUCAUCUUCAACACAAUCACCGACAUCAUCAUCAUCAUCAUUGUCAUCAAUGAUUCCAUUGUCAAGUGGAUCUGGAAUAUCAGCUGCUGCCAAUAAUAUUACUCAGUUUGUUGAACAUCCAGGAAUUUUUCUGCAAUCAUCAUCUGCUAAGAUUAUUGCUGGAGCAUUCGCAUGGACAGCAUUGUUCAUAACAUGUCAUCAGAUUUAUCAACAUUUGAAAUAUUAUACGAUGCCAUCGGAACAACGUUGGAUCGUACGAAUUCUAUUUAUUGUUCCAAUCUAUGGUCUUGAUUCAUGGUUUAGUUUGUUAUUUUUUCGAGAUAAUUAUUAUGUUUAUUUCGACAGUGUUCGUGAUUGGUACGAAGCUUUUGUAAUCUACAAUUUUUUGAGCCUCUGCUAUGAAUAUCUUGGCGGUGAAGGUAAUAUCAUGUCCGAGAUACGUGGCAAGCCGAUUCGAUCAAGUUGGUAUUAUGGUACUUGCUGUUUGACUGGUAAAACCUAUUCGAUUGGAUUUUUACGUUUCUGCAAACAAGCUACAUUGCAAUUUUGUGCUGUCAAACCAAUUAUGUCGUUUGCGAUACUCAUUCUACAAGCUUUUGGCAAAUAUCAUGAUGGUGAUUGGCGUGCUGAUUCUGGUUAUCUUUACAUUACAAUGAUUUAUAAUAUAUCCGUUUCGUUGGCACUUUAUGGUUUACUUUUGUUUUAUCAUGCUACACGAGAUUUGCUUAGUCCAUUCGAUCCAGUGUGGAAAUUUCUAACGGUGAAAUCAGUCAUCUUUCUUUCAUUCUGGCAAGGUGUUAUUUUGGCUAUUCUUGAACAGGCUGAUAUAAUUUCACCAGGUAUGCAUUUACAUUUAGAAAAUUUUCAAUUCUUUUUAAACAUUUGCGUAUCAAAAGUUUUUACAUGGGAAGGUCAAAAAGCUAGUGCUGGUACCGUUUCGGCUGGUUAUCAAAAUUUUUUGAUUUGUAUCGAAAUGUUUUUCGCUUCGUUGGCAUUGCGAUAUGCAUUCCCUCAUGGCAUCUAUAAAGGAAAUUAUUCGACCGACACACAUGGACGAUCAGUGACUAUGCAAAGUAUUUCUAGCAGUCUGAAAGAAACUAUGAAUCCAAGAGAUAUUAUGAAUGAUGCAAUCCACAAUUUUCAUCCAAAUUAUCAACAAUACACCCAAUAUUCAUCAAAACCAGAACAACAUCAUUAUGGAUCAGCAUCAUCACCAAAAGCUGCAACUGGUACUGGAUCAACAUUGAAAUCACCAAUCAUAAAUGAUUCAAACACUAAUAAUAGUUAUAAUAGUUCAAACAUCAGUAAUGAUAAUGUGGCCACUGGUUCGGCCAACAAUUCGGGCGUAACAUUAUCAACAUUAUCGGCAGUAGGAGGUAAUCCACUUUCAUCAACAGUAGCAACUGGUACAAGUAAUUUGAAUGCCAAAAACGGUAAUGGUAAACCGAUCACAACGAUUAGUCAGAAUUAUUCGGAAAAAACAACAUUAUUAAGUUCAGAUGAUGAAUUUCAAUGAAUUCUGUUGAUCAAUCUACAGACAACAAAAAAGUGAUCUGCAUACAACACAAUGACAAAACUUUCAUUUCUUUUUCGUUUUUUCAGCAUAAAAUUUCUGUAUAUAUUAUUUUUAUUUUAUUUCAUUUUCAUUUUUUUUUAAUUUAUUCUGUAAAUUUUGAUUAUUUCUACAUUCUUUGCUCCCCUCUAUUCUUCAUAUUCAUUGUAGAAAAUGGAAAAAAAAUUAUCAACUCUAUUGCUGAAACACA